AUGCCUCCCAGUCACUGCCUUCCCCUUGAGCCCCCUGCUUCCUGGCGACCCGCCCUCCCCUUCUCCCGCAGCCGACUUCCGCAGGCCAUUUCCGAGAAAAAGGAAUCGUAUUUUAAGUCCGCUAUCCAGAACCUCCACUCUUCCGACCCCUUUGCUGAUGCAAGUAAGGGUGAUGACCUGCUUCCGGCCGGCACUGAGGAUUAUAUCUAUAUAAGAAUCCAACAGAGGAACGGCAGGAAGACCCUCACCACUGUCCAAGGGGUCGCUGAUGAUUACAAUAAAAAACUGGUGAAGGCGUUUAAGAAGAACUUUGCCUGCAAUGGUACUGUAAUCGAGCAUCCAGAACAUGGAGAAAUAAUCCAGCUCCAGGGCGACCAGCGCAAGAACAUAUGUCAGUUCCUGGUAGAGACUGGACUGGCCAAGGACGAUCAGCUGAAGGUUCAUGGGUUUUAAGCGCUUGUGGCUCAUUGAAGCUUAAGUG